AUGGAUGGAAAUGCUUUUUUGUUCAGAAUCCCAAACGCUGCCAGCCUGCCACUCGAGCUCGGGUUCUUGCUCAACGCCUCUGGAAUAUUGAAAGCUGGUGACCUCAAAUUUCUGCACCUUUCAACUGCGAAUAAAACAAACUUGGAGGUGGCUAAGGUCUUCACCAUCAUCGAUCCGAGAAAACCGCUGCCGGAGGUAGUGAACGUGCGGUUCCAGUCGGGUGAGGUUUGGAGAGUAAACGUUGCUAGCCCUUGGAUGCCUCAAGUUUGUUCUCACUGCAAAGAAAUAGGGCAUAGCAUUAAGAGAUGUAAGAAAGCGCCUCCCACAUACUCUAUCUGUAAAUCCUCUGCUCAUUCUGAUGAGAAGUGCACGAGAUCGAAAUCAAAGCAGAAGAGUUUUAAGGGAAAAGCAUCGGUAGAAGCUUUGCAAGGUCAGUACAUUGCCGUUUCAAAGAAGCUUGAUAAGCCAGCCUCUGCUCCUCUACAAAAGGACAGCGGCAAUGCUAAGAGUGGAAAAGAGUCAUAUUUCAACCAGUCUCUUGUUGGUGAAUCGAGUGCAAUGAGCACUGUUGUUGUUGAGGAAGCUUCGAGAGUGGAGAAAGCUAAUGGAAAGGGGAUUAUGCUCUCUUUCUUGGAGGCUGAACCAGAAUCUUCUGAUGUGGAAUCAACUGAUUCAGAGGAAGGAGAAUUGAGAGAUAAAGAAGAUGAUUUUAUUUGA